GGGAGGGGAGGGGGGAGGGAUGGAGGGAGGGAGGAUGCUGCCAGCGGAAAAUGGCUGCUGCAACCUCGAGCCUGUCCUGAUCCACCGAGACGACACCGAGGUGGGCUGAGCCAGGCCGAGCCGAGCCGGGCAGGGCCGGGUCGGGCGAGGGGGGACUGAGACGACGACGAAGACGAAGAGGAGGAGAGAGCGGGGCGAGAGGAGCGCGGAUGCGGGGAGAAUGUGAGCCACAUCGGCGUGUGUUUGCUGACAGGAGGCUGACAAGAGCGCGAGGAGAGCCCGGGGUGGGCUCCUGCUGCAAGCAGCGGGCAACGGCCAGCCAUGGAGGGCGACGUGCGUGUUCGCGCGGUGGUGAUGACACGUGACGACUCCAGCGGCGGUUGGGUGCCACUCGGGGGUGGCGGCCUCAGUCACGUGGUCAUAUGCAAGGGGCGGAGCAACAACGGCCGGGGGCGGAGAGAGCACGUCAUACGCGGGGAGCGGCUGCGAGACCGGGCGCCGGUGCUGGAGUGCGCCGUCCAGAGGGGGCUGGUCUACAACAAGGUCAACCCCAUCUUUCAUCACUGGCGAGUGGAUGAGCGCAAGUUUGGCCUCACCUUCCAGAGUCCCGCCGACGCCAUCUCCUUCGAAAAGGGUCUGCAAGUCGUCUUGGACAAGCUGGACCGAGGCUCCGACUCUCCCUCGUCAUCCACACCAGAGGAGGCAGACACUGAAGAUGACGGCCAAGCUUCCCAUACAGGAAGUGAGUCGUCGUCCAACAGCAGGAAGGAGAUGCUCCCCAAACCCAUCACCAUAGUGACCAGCGAGUCAUCUGCCACCUGCUUCGUGCGGACGGAGGACUUCAGUUUCGGAUCCGGUGGGAGCACGCAGACGCCUGCUCAGAUCCACACCAGGCCGGGACAGCACCAGCUCUCGCAAAUGACCGCUGCGUUGAACCCCCCAGCGCCACCGCCCCCCCCACCUGCUCCACCAUCCCCUCCAGCGGGCCCCCCGACCUCGUCGCCUCUGUCCCCCCUCUCACCCACCAUCUCCUUGCUGGAAGAGGGGGACCUACGCAGUGUGGAUCCCUGCAAGGACCUGUGGGGGUCCAGAGGGUAUGAGGACUAUCGGCGAGCCGGGGCCACCAGGACUAUGGUCGGGGGGCUGACCGGGGGCGUGGUGGUGGGCAGCGGGGGGAGUCACCAGGACAAGUCAGAGCUGUGCGUGGUCCGCUUUGAGAAAGAGCUGUCCGGGGUGGGGACGGCGGGCUGUGACGUCACCGUGAGUUUGGACAGCAAGGCCGCCCAGCGUCUGUCCUCAUCCUCGCCUACCUGCAUGUCCAUCCCCAACGCUGUGUCCGGCGUGUCCUCAGGGGCCGGCUCCCCCCAGGAGACCGGCAAAGGUUCCCCCUCGCCCUGCUGCAUACACACCUCCCUGGCAACGCCUCGAUCGCGGACUCGUAAAAGGGGAGGAGGGUCCGGAGGAGACCCCGGGGCCAUCUCCCCCGAUGAUGACAGCCCAUGUCCUCAGGCGUCGUCAUCGUGCUCGUCCCGCUGCGUGUACUGCCGCUCCGUGUUCAGCGCCUCGGAAAACGGGCGGGGCCGCUGCAGGGACGCCCCGGACCCGGCCCUGCACUGCCUGCGCCAGUGGACCUGUGUGUGGUGCGCAGAGAGCCUGCUCUACCACUGCAUGUCGGACUCCGAGGGGGAGUUCUGGGAGCCGUGCUCGUGCGAUGACUCCAUGGGGGGCCACCCGCACCCCCUCUGUUGUGCCCGCUGGUUGGCCCUCGUGGCCCUGUCGCUCUUUGUGCCCUGCAUGUGCUGCUACCUGCCUCUGCGCGCCUGCCUGCGCUGCGGCGAGAGGUGUGGUUGCUGCGGGGGGAAGCACAAAGCGGUCCGAUGAGACCAGGCUCGGGCUGGGGGGGCUCUCUUUGAGAGGGGCGGAGCCUGGAAGACCCUCCGAAGCCCCCACAGCCUUCCAACUGCAUUCCGCUCUUUCUCUUUUCAACCCGGGGCCUUCUGGACUUGUCCACGCCCGCCGAGGAGGCUGCAGGACCAGGUUCUGCGGCGCCGCAUGGAGCCUUCGUUGCGGAUUCCCCGCUAAUGUAGAGUUAGCGAGCAGAGACUUAAUGCGAAGGACGAGGGUGGGUAACCAUGGUGUGUUUGAAAUGUCCGUUUAGAAAGAAAAAGACAAAAAAAGAGAUUGUUGAGGUGAUUUUAAUUGGUCUAUUUUACUACAUGUCAGACACACGCUACCACACACUCACAGGAGGGGAAAACGUUAACGGUUUCGUGUUAGCCUGCGUCAUCCGUGGUCAGAUGAGCAGACAUCACCCUUUACCUCCAAACUUUACCUCACGCGCCGCCCCGCCACACGUCCGCUAGCUAGAGGAGGGACGAGAGAGCGGCCUCGGAGACGACGUCUCCACCAAACGCAACGGGACAAUUAUCCGUAAGGGAAGUUGCAAUGACAACCACUAGACUUGACGUGAUGGUGCUUUGUAACCGUAGGGAAGUUCAAGGAAUGGAGAAUUAACACCUUCACAUGUUUUCAUCAACACCCCCAAAGACAAACAAACCCGACUAACUAAUCUGUGGAUGUAGGAAAAGUGCAAUGAACAAUGUAUUUAAAGAUUAUUUUUGUACGUCAACUAAGGUGAAAAGUGUUGCUAAGCGAAUACUGUCGUGUGUUACUGUGACCAAGAGCAAGGGGCCGCAACAUUAGCUACGCCUGCGCAAUCUAACGACAUCCGAUACAAAAGAUAUUCACCUUUAAAAGUGAGCAUUAUCAUCUUUGCGAAAAUGUUGAUACAGCUCUGGCUACACUGUGCAGGCGUGCCUAAUUAAGUGGCCGGUAAACAGCAAAAUAGUGGCGGCGGUGCGCUCGCAGGGAAACAUGAAGUUAAGAGCCAGAGAGACUUAAAGCUGCUACUUUAAAUUGAAAUGCUCCCUCCCGCCACCCUUCACAUUUUGCUGAGUCGUAACAUUCCUGGCUAUUCUUACGUGACAAUUUUCUGUCUUUACGGCAAAUAUCGGAAUCCUUCUACCGCAGCGUAACAACAACAAAAUUCAAGACUUUUCUCCGGCUCCACCAUUAUAGACAACAAAUAAACGACCAGUCAAAAGUUUGGAGACAUUUUCGUAUGCUUUUCAAUGAGAAAGUGUCUCCAAACUUUUGACUGGUAUUGUAUAUUUACUGUACGGUUCAGUUCGGUUAUAUCUGCGCUAGCUACGCAAACAACACAACAUCAUAGCGUACCUACAUGAUAACACACCUGCCGGAGAAUAAGACCAAGCUGGAGGGAUCACUGUUGCCAACCUAGCGACUUUGUCGCUAUAUAGUAACUCAUCGUUUAUCACGGUUAAUUGGUUCCAGAUCCAACCGUGGUAAGUGAAUUUACGCAAAGUAGGAUUCAAUAUUAAUAAACUGAAUAGUUUCAUAAACCCGUUUAUGGCUUUCUAAAUACAGGUUUUAACAUUAUUAGAGCCCCGUAGACAUGAAAUAACGCCCCUAUAGUCACUUUUACACUCCUAUUAUUCUUUGUUUACAUCACACUGCGCAGGCUACGGGAUCACUGCAUGGACAAAGGGCGGCUGCGGCAAGCAUAGCAAGCUAUCGAGCUAACUAGGUAGCCUCUCCAAUUCACUUCUAAAUUUAAUAAAAUGUUCCAAACGGAGUGGGGAAGACGGACAAAGAAGCCAAAAACUUACCACGUCCACACGGAAUGAGAGGAGAAACUUUUUUUCUUUUACUCGAUCACAGCCACGGCAUGUCCGUCUCAUGCCAUGGCAUGUCGGCUCGGCUCUGCUGACUCAGUAGCCAUCUCCAUGCAGUGUAACGUUAUGUCUCAUAACAUUCCUGAUGCCCAGAGACCACAAUUACUACACAUAACUUGUCUUUCAAUAUUUUUGGACUAAUGAUAGGCCAUACUCAAACACAAAACAUUUUUAUUAAUUUAUUCAUUAUUAAAAAAAAAAAGUGAUAUAGUGAGGCAGCGAUAUUCAAAACGCGAUAUAGCAAGGGACAACUGUAUUUAGUGAGUGAUCGGACCUCUCUAGAUUUUUUGAAACAGAGUAUUGCUCUUCUAAACGAGUAGUGGGUGCUCUUGUGGGCCACCGCCCCGUCAAAAAGCACUCACAAUCGGCUAAAAUGACAAAAAUGUCCACAACCUAUUAUGCAAAUCUGACAAUUACAUAUCCCCACCACUGCCACAAAUAGAUUGCGGUCCUGUAGGGAAACACAGGAUUAUAUAAUAAAAAUGUAAUCCUCCUUCCGGUACUGUUACAAUAGCGCUUUCUGCAUAAUAAAUUACAUUCUGACACACAAGCAACAAUACCGUCGACCAAUCAGCAGACAGCAAACACAGAUGAUGCUCACGUAAAAAUAGCCAACGCGCGUUUUCCUCUUUCAUCUCCUUUGCAGCGGCUCUGGAAAGUUCUCCCGCCAAACUGCAAUACUCCGUGACACGGAAUGGCAUCAUAACAACAAUGAAGCAGUCGAGGCUAAAGAUGGAAGCAUGAAUGAACCUUAUAACUGAAGUCGGUCCCCCCCCCCCACCUCUACCACAAGCAGCCUUCCUAACGAGGUUGUUCCAGGAAUCUAAAACUGCCAUUCCCCAUCCUCGUGCUCCUAAAACACACACACACACACACACACACACACACACACACACACACACACACGCUGACUUGAAGAUGCAGAUGGACCAAAGCAGUAAAGCCAUCGUGCACACGUUUAUUACUUCCUUCCUUCCUUACGCUCCAUUGAUGGUGUUCCAGGCCCCCCCUUCACAUCCCUCCCCAUUCUUCUUACAUCUUAAUAAAUGUGCCUUUUUAUUUGAGUAAUCAAUCCCUUUUUGAUUUUCAAGUAACUCUGUAUUCACUACUUUUCAUUUCUGCCAAUGUGCAUAUUUUCAAAUGUACGUAUUUAUUAUGAUGAUUAUGAGUUUCAAAGUAAUUAAUGAGAUAUGACCUGUUUAUUUAUUUAUGGAGAUAUUUAUUCUUUAUUUUGGUUUUGUUUUUCUUUUGUUUUUUUCCUUGAGGCAGAUUUUUAAUCUUCCGUGCUGUCUUACUUCUGACUUUGUGCCAAUGUGCUGCUUUGAGGUGUUACAUAUCGUGGGUUUGUAUCAUUAUUAAACCCUCACUCUAUAUUUUACACACUGCUGCCAUUUUUACGCUUUUUUCCAAACCAUGGAAGGAGGGAAUUGUGAGGUUAAUGACAAAAAUAAUGGUUUAUUCCAUGAAUGUUAAUAAUAAUAAUAAGAGUGGUUUACUUAGCAGAGUACAUGUGCUGCCUUUUGUGCUUGAGGAUCUCCGUGGACGUGAGGUUCAGGUCUUCAUUGCAGACGUCACAGUGGUAAACUCUGCUUAGGCUGGAGCGGGCGGAGGAGGAGGAGAUUGGCUUUCUGCCAUCUUCCCCUUAAAAACAUCCACCAAAAGCUUGACAUGAGUAUUUCCAUCCUGAACAUCUUACAUCUGCAUAAGACAGGGGUGUCCAAAGUGAGGCCUGCAGGCUAUUUGCUGCCUGCCGGUGUUUCUUUUAUUGGCCCGAAAUAUAAUUGAACAAGAAAACGACAAAAAAAUUAUAAAUAUAUUGUGGGAAUAAAGUUAAUUUUACAAGAAUUUAUGAGAAGAAAGAAAAAAAAAACAUAUUAAACAGAAAUGGGGGAAAAAAAACAGCUGUAGUUUUAUGAGAAUGAAGUCAA